AUGAGGCGAGCCACCAUGGCCAAUGUCAGGAAGGUGUCUUUUUUAAGUGGUCGUCAGCAGCCCGAUGAGGUCCCGGAGGACAGCGGGGAGACCUACCAAUGGUCUCCUUGUCUGGGAGGACCAUGGCCGCAACAAUGGGGUUCAUGACGGGGUACUGGUACAGUCCCAACUCCUUGGGGGAAGCCAUGAAGGUCCAAGGCUUGCACUGGCUUGAGACAUAGAACCUCGAGUUCACCUUAGCCCAAAUUUGACGCAGUUCAUUGGAGAACUUGGGGCACUGAAGAAUGUACACUCUGCCCAAGCUGCUGUUAGGGUUUGGAUUAAAAUCCAGAGCUUUCAGAACCCUAGAGAGGAGCUCCUGCAUAUCAGCUGAUGAACAGGGCGCUUCACUCUCAGCCCUCUCUUUUCCAAUGUUCUCUGACCCAGAACCGGCCUCAGAGGUCUCUUAGUCUAGAUAGUAUCAGGUUCCUGUCUUAAGUCUUCAACAGAGUCUGUUUGGUUGAGAGAGCAGAGCUGCGAAGACAGAGCGGCUGCCUGGGCCUCCAACUCAUCCAGAGUAGGUCCCCUGUCCUUUUUGGAGUGCUUGGUGGGCGGGCCGAUCAGGAGCAUUGUUUACAUCUGAGGCCGCUCCCAGAGCCUCUAGCAUUUGUCUCCUUCAUCAUAGCCAAUCGUGCUUCAUAUAGGCGUGGGCCGAGAGUAGCACAAUACAUACUCUAAGCCUAGGCACAUCAUACAGGUGGAAUCGGCAUCAGCUGAAGCCAAGCCAGCAUUGCAUUUAUCACUAGCAUAGUCCCUCAAGUGAAAUAGAACUUGUGUUUUGGGAGGGAGGAGGCACCAUUUUUCAUUUAACGUUGGAGGAAAUGGAUUCCUAGCAUGUGAGGAACGUGUUGGCUGGCUUCAUAAAUGCUAGCCAGCUAGUUUAUUUAGAAAAAAAACAUUUUUGUUUGCGUUAUGUUAACCUGUUUGUAAUCCCUUUUAGCUUUGCUAGCUAGCUUGCUGCCCAGUUACAGAGGUUAGCGGGCUAGUUAGUUACAGUAGUUGGCUACUGCCAGUAAAUUGUGUUAUUAUCAGAUUUAGCCUGUUCCACCGUUUGUAGAAUGCAUACAGGCAUUUGAAUAUUGCGUGGAAAAAGGGAAUCCGGACACAAUGUGGACACGGUAGGUAGACACAUUUAAAUGUAUUGUAUGUGUAGACGCUUGAUGUGUUCGGAAUUCCAUUAGCAGAACGCCAUAAUCAGAAUACACGGCCUAAAUGUCUAGCCUGACCAAUGCAUUUCUUCUCCCUCUGUCCAUAGUGUAGAAGGUGCGCCACCCCCUCCCUGGCCCUUGAGUCCCAUUCGCCCUCCCUGUCCUCAUCCGUCUCACCCCCUAACCAUUUAACUAAUUUACUUGGACUGCUUUUCCCUACAGUAGGCCCCAUUUUGACACUCCAUAUGACCCCAUCUCAAACUCCUGAGUGGGCUCCCGAGUGGUGCAGCGGUCUAAGGCACUGCAUUUCAGUGCUUGAGGCGUCACUACAGACCCCCUGGUUCGAUUCCAGGCUGUAUCACAACCGUAAUUGGGAGUCCCAUAGGGCGUCGCACAAUUGGCCCAGCGUCGUCCGGGUUUGGCCGGUGUAGGCCGUCAUUGUAAAUCAGAAUUUGUUCUUAACUGAUUUGCCUAGUUAAAUAAAGGUAAAAAAACAACAAAAAAGACAAUGUCCUAUUCAAACUGUUUCCAUGGCUCCCAUAAUUUUUCUGAAAAUCCUCUUAUGAAUAUCACCCUUUGUUGAAUUCCAUAUUAAUCUAAAGGCUUUGUACAAACCAGAUCUCACUCAGACCCUUUAACUCCUGUCUCCUGAGUGGCGCAGUGGUCUAAGGCACUGCAUCGCUGUGCCACUAGAGAUCCUGGUUCGAAUCCAGGCUCUGUCGUAGCCGGCCGUGACCGGGAGACCCAUGGGGCGGCGUGCAAUUGGCCCAGCGUCGUCCAGGGUAGGGGAGGGAAUGGCCGGCAGGGAUGUAGCUCAGUUGAUAGAGCAUGGCGUUUGCAACGCCAGGGUUGUGGGUUCGAUUCCCACAGGGGGUAUGAAAAAUAAUAAUAAUAAUGUAAGUCGCUCUGGAUAAGAGCGUCUGCUAAAUGACGUAAAUGUAAAUGUAAACUCCAGUUUGUUUGACUUUUAAACCCCAGACCAUUUCAGAUCUGUGACUUCAGCUCUCUCUGUUGUCCCACCUAGUGCAGUCCAUGUGGACAGUCCACCCACUAUCCCCACACUCACCACCAGUUAUGCCCACGGCACCUCCUCCAAGUCUCUGCUCUUCAGUACGGUCGGUGGGAGUCUCCAGGCUGCAGCUGAACGCUUUCCAGACCGGGAGGCUGUAGUGUUCCUACAGGAUGGGGUCAGGAAGACCUUCUCACAGCUCCAGCAGGAUGUGAGUGGUGUCUACUUCCUAUUUUGUACUAAUCCUAUGCCAAACAGAUUAGGGGUACACAAGGGCUCUUUCUGUAGUGUAUGCAAGCCUUCAAAUCCUUGAUUCCUCAACUCCUUGCCUCCAUCCCAAAGCUCAUUGGAGGAGGAGAUCCAAGGCGAGGGAGUUAAGGAAUCAAGGAUUUUGAGGCUUGCACACUUUUCAGACAGAGCCAAGACCCAUGUCCUCUCGCCCCCUCCCAAAGGAAUUGUAACAUCUAAUUGAAACAGCAUGUUCUAGGCCCAUUUAAUGGAAACAGUAUGGAGGCAGAUAUUUAAAAAAAAACAAGCGAAGUUUGUUAUUGUUUGCAAUAUGAAUACAGUAAAACAUAAGAGUACAUAAAAUGGCUUCUCGUGGGUCAGCGUACUCGCAUCCAUACCCACACAUGCAGUCAGAGCCAGCCCUAGCCUUUUGGGGUCACUAAGUGACAUUUUGUUAUACUUGCUGUCAUUCUCAUUGACAGCAAGUCUAAGAAGCGGUAGAUCUGUUCUAUGUGCGCUAUUUCUAUGCCUCCCAUUCUUAAGUUUCGUUUUUGUAUCUUUUACUUUCGGUUUUGUACACCAGCUUCUUUUUGGUUAUUGAAAAUAUAUUUCACAGUGGUUUAGAUGGUACAAUUAUUCUCUAUACAUUGCUUGUUUUGCCACAUAAACUGAAAUUAGGCGAACUAUUAGAAUUUUAGCAACCAGGAAAAUAGCGGAGCGAUUUCUGCAUAUUGCAUCUUUAACUGUAUGUGGCAAGUAAAAGCAUUGGGUAGCGAGUUGAUACAAGGUUAAAACCACCCUCAGACUUAGGAAGAUGUAAAACGUUCCUUUUUAUUCUAUUAAUUUUAUUUGCCCAUAAAAAGUAUGUUAUGACACUUUUUUAAAGAAUGUCUUCGGUGGGUAAUUGGUAUUACCAAAAAUUAAUAAAAAAACAUUCGGAGCCAUGCCAUUCUGAAGAGGUUUAUUCUACAUGUAAGAUUUAUGGGAAGAUUGUUCCAUUUAAUUAGAUCUGCUUUCAUACUGUUAAGUAAUUGAAUAAAGUUAUCUUUAUAUAUUUGUUGUUUGUUGUCACUUAUUAAGCAUCCUAAGUAUUUCAUAUUUUUUGUGGUCCACUUAAAGGAUUGCUGUAGAUUGUGAGUUAUUCUUUGUCCUAUUGCCUUUAUUUCGUUUUUUUACCACAUUAAUUUUAUAUCCUGAGAUUUUAGAGUAUUCCUAAAAUCUUUUUUGCAAAGGGGGCAUUGAGUUUUCAAUAUUGGUCAGGUAUAUCGGGAGAUCAUCUGCAAAUAAGUUGAGUUAUAUUCAUGUUUACCAUGAUACCUGUUACGUUUGGGUCCUGUCUAAUUAUUUCUGUAAGCGGUUCAGUUGCCAGUGCAAACAGGAGGGGGGAGAGGGGCCAUCAGAUAAUGUAUUAUUUGGGAUAUUUUAGCUUUAGGACAUUUAUAUAAUAGUUUUAUAAAAUUCAUUGUUUCAGCUGGAAAGUUGAAAGCUUACAAAGUUUUGAAUAGAAAAGGCCAUUCAAGACUGUCGAAAGCCUUUUCGGCAUCAACAGCCAUUAUUGACAAAUCUAUAUCUAGUUUUUUUGCGUAUUGUAUUAAACUGAAAAAUGUUAUUGUAUUUGUUUGUAAGUAUCUAUUUUUAAUAAACCCUGUUUGAUAUGUAUCAAGCCAGAAUUUUUGCCAUUCAAUUUCUUAUAAGCUUUGUUAUUAUUUUAUUAUCACAAUUUAUUAAACUUAUGGGUCUAUAAUCAGCAGGGGACUCUCCAGAGAUUCCUGGUUUUAAUAUAACUUAAAUAACUUUUGAUACAUGGAACUAGGAAGUAUUGAAUUGAGUGAUGUGUGUGUUGUCAAUUGUGUAAAUGGGGGUGCUACUUUGUCCCAAAAUGUUGAAUGGAAAUCAAUGGGAAAGCCAUCCAUUCCUGGUGCUUUCUCCGCGUGAAUGUUUUAACAGUAUCUAAUAUUUAUUUUUGGGUGACCUCUGUUUUUAGUGAUUAUUUGUUGUCUGCUGAUAAUUGCGUCAGGGUUGCUAAGUCUAAGAAGGCUGUAGGAUCCUUCCAACUGUUGUUUAAUUUUGAUUUAUAUACAGUACAUUUUCAUAGAAGCUUUUAAAAUGGUCAUUAAUCGCAUUGUUGUUUCUAAUUACCGCAUUUAAAAUUAUAACUGGUUUAGCGUGUAUUGGUUUUGUGAGAGCUGUGAGAUAUUUAUCAGGUUUAUUUUCCAAUAAGUAGUAUGCUUUAUUUGAGUUUAACCUGUAGUUGUUGGCUCUCUUCAAAAGUAAAAGAUCGUAUUCCUGCUUAUGUUCAGAAAUUGUAUUUUCGUCUUUUAACUUGUAAAGAUUUUUUAUGGGCUUUUUCUAAGAGAGUGCUUUAUUUUUCUUAAAUCUGAUUUAGAAAUUAAAAUUAAAUUUUUGCCGAGUAUGAUAUUAUCAUUCCCCUAAUGUACACCUUAAAGGCACCCCAAAUUAUUUUGGGGGUCGGCUUUUCUCUGUCCUCUAUGUCUACAUUUGUAAUGGUAAAGGUUAGAAUUUUUUUGUUUACGUAUUUAGUAAAUUUCAUUCUCCAAAUUCUGUCGCUAAGUAUAUUUUCUAUUGGUGUCAUUAUAUCAUGAAUGUUUGAAUCCAGUAAAUUGUUGAGUGCAUUCUUGAAUAGCUUUUGUUACUUUGAGAAAAAAAUGAAUAAUCUUUUUUAGUUGGGAAUAGUAAUCUCCAGGUGUCCUAGUAAAUUAUUUGUUGAGAUUUUUUUUUUUUUCCUUUUUGGAGGCUACCUAAAUGUGCCUUUUUUAUUACUACGUCUGUCAAUUUUAUCAAAUGUAUGAUUUAGGUCACCUGCUAAAAGAAUAGUUCCUGUCUGGAUUUGAUCUAAUAUAGCUUGAAUUUAUCUAAAAACACCAGAUUUGCCCCUGGUGGGAUAUACAAUGAAAGCAAUGUAUAUUUGUCACCAUGUAAGGUACUGUACAAUUCAAAAUGAGAAAAUAUGCUGGGAUAUAAGGGAACAUUGUGUAUUCUUAUUUAUCAAGAUGCCUACAGUUUUACUGUUGCUACAGUAGGUGGCAGAAUAGGCCUCUCCAACCCAACUCCUCUUUAAAUAUUACAUUUCUCCUUUAUUUAAAUGUAACUCUUGCAAGAAAACCACAUCUGCUGACAAUCUCUAAGUGUUCGAGAAUUAUAUGCUUUUUUUUUUUCUCCCAUGGAGCCAGUGCACAUUCUAUGUGAUAAAUUAGAUUUUGUUGGCCAAGCUUGUCACCAACCCCCAUCCUUGCCCUCUCUUACCCACCCAGGCCAAGUUUAUCCCAACCUGUCUUUUCCCCUGUCUUAUCUUCUCAGACAAAUUUACACUCCUCUUUACAUCUACUUACUCAUCCAUUCUCCUUCAUUCACACACAACAUAUACCCUAUGCCUCCGCACACCCAUUCUCUCCCGCCCUCCUAUACAUAUUUAUAUUCACCCUCCUUCACUCUCCCAUUCAUAUGCACAGACACACACAAACCCACUCACACCCUCUCGCCCACACACACACACACAUCCAUAGAACAAUUAUUGACAAUUACUAGCUAAGUUUCAAUCCAUUUGGCGACAGAUUUUCAUGUGAAUAUUCUGGAAUCCGCAUAAAUAAAAUAUGUGCAUUUUCCCACCAGUGGUGUGUUUCCACCAAAUGAGUGGGUGAUGAUGUAGUAGUGCACACAAAAUGUACUUUUUCACUUAAUUUUUCAUGUACCUAAUAAAUAUGGAAUUUUCAACUCUACUGUUGUGUUAAAUAGCAAAUGUGCUUACUCUGGUCUUGGCACAUGCACUCUAGCCAACAGCUCGCAGAUACAGUGUGGGUUGGCUAGUCUACAUGAUGAGAUUAUUAUGGAUAAGAGUGAGAAUAUUUGUAUUUGUCAAACGCAGUCAAGCAUCUUUCAUCAUGUCACCAGAAUAAGACCCUCAAUAUAUUAUUGGAAAGGAGCAUCAAGAUCACUGUGCACUUUCACCACCCUGUGAAGUUCAUCAUAACUUAUUUAAUCUGUAGCCUAAUAAACUGUGUGGUUUUUCGAGUCGUAGUGGGAGGACCACACACACAUAUUAACGCGUGACUCCAAGUUUAUUUCGAUAUUAUGGUUAUUAUAUCAAUAUUUGCGCGUAAAGGCAUUUCCACCGCCAUUUCUCGCAUAAUUACUUUUACAGACACAAAAAGAUUCCACCAUGUCGAACGAACAAAUUAUCUGUUUGCAUUUAUACAAUUUUACCGAAACUUCCUGUUUCCAUCACAGCUGUCAUUAUUAAUUUUUUUAUGGUAUGACUUUACUCGCAUAAAAACUGUGGAUGGAAAACGUGGUUACUGACAAACAGUACAUGCUAUAUUUCCUCUUUUAUAUUGUCUUUGCAGUGUCCAUGCAUCUCAUUGGCAUUGGCUAAUUCUAUUGUUACUUCCUAGAGAAGAACAGUUACUUGAGGAGAAUAUAGUCUAGAUUGUAUUGGGGGUGAGGGAAAUAAUAUUGUUUCAAUUUACGAUAAGCUGGUCUUGGGCAUUACUGUAUGUAGCCUAGUGUGCUUACCACUUUUUCCCGCUUCUUCCUCUCCUCGGGGCAUUGGGCUCUCGUUCAUCUGGAAAGGUUUCCUACAGCCUGUUCAGGGCUUCAUCGGCGCUUGUGAACUCCAUCCUCUGUGUUCCCUUCCAUACCCACAGCACUGCCGGGAAUCGGAAUUGAGACUUGAUUCCUUUUUCCUCCAGUGACUGUCUGAUCGGAAUGAAUUGCUUGCGUUUAGCAGACAGGUCUUGAUUUAUUUAUUUCAGCAUCUUGAGAGAAUGGGAUUGCGCGCUUAGGGACCUGUUGUGUAGCCUAAAAGUGCAAUUUAUUUCAGUGACGUAAAAGCUGACAGUGUUUCAUUUUUUGCAGAUAGAACCUUAUAGUCCCAAGCUCUCAAAUGUGUUAGUCAACUGUCUAUAAUUAGAAGUAGCUUUAAUGCAGCUUUUCUUGUCAUUAUACUGUAUUUUGCUCUAGAAAUCUAAACAAAUCCUUGCUCACCAGAAUAAUGUCAUAAAUCGAUAUAAUUAAUGCUUCAAUCUAGUUGAAAUCAGUAACUUUUUCUCUUGCUGAGCAAAGGUGUUUAGGCACCGGGGAGAAAAUGCAAUAACAAAUAAAACUGGAACGAUUUUCUGUGCAAAAUAUCCAAAUGACAUCAGUUUGACAAGGAAAUAGAAAGCUGUGAAAAUGACCCAACAUGUUUCUGAUAAUGUUUCAGUUCGGCUUGAUGCAUAUUUUAUGUACAGUGGGGGAAAAAAGUAUUUAGUCAGCCACCAAUUGUGCAAGUUCUCCCACUUAAAAAGAUGAGAGGCCUGUAAUUUUCAUCAUAGGUACACAUCAACUAUGACAGACAAAAUUAGAAAAAAAAUGAUGUGAUGAUUUGGGGCUGUCGCUGGGCAACACGGACUUUCAACUCCCUCCAAAGAUUUUCUAUGGGGUUGAGAUCUGGAGACUGGCUAGGCCACUCCAGGACCUUGAAAUGCUUCUUACGAAGCCACUCCUUCGUUGCCCGGGCGGUGUGUUUGGGAUCAUUGUCAUGCUGAAAGACCCAGCCACGUUUCAUCUUUAAUGCCCUUGCUGAUGGAAGGAGGUUUUCACUCAAAAUCUCACGAUACAUGGCCCCAUUCAUUCUUUCCUUUACACGGAUCAGUCGUCCUGGUCCCUUUGCAGAAAAACAGCCCCAAAGCAUGAUGUUUCCACCUCCAUGCUUCACAGUAGGUAUGGUGUUCUUUGGAUGCAAUUCAGCAUUCUUUGUCCUCCAAACACGACGAGUUGAGUUUUUACCAAAAAGUUCUAUUUUGGUUUCAUCUGACCAUAUGACAUUCUCCCAAUCCUCUUCUGGAUCAUCCAAAUGCACUCUAGCAAACUUCAGACGAGCCUGGACAUGUACAGGCUUAAGCAGGGGGACACGUCUGGCACUGCAGGAUUUGAGUCCCUGGCGGCGUAGUGUGUUACUGAUGGUAGACUUUGGUCCCAGCUCUCUGCAGGUCAUUCACUAGGUCCCCCCCGUGUGGUUCUGAGAUUUUUGCUCACCGUUCUUGUGAUCAUUUUGACCCCACGGGGUGAGAUCUUGCGUGGAGCCCCAGAUCGAGGGAGAUUAUCAGUGGUCUUGUAUGUCUUCCAUUUCCUAAUAAUUGCUCCCACAGUUGAUUUCUUCAAACCAAGCUGCUUACCUAUUGCAGAUUCAGUCUUCCCAGCCUGGUGCAGGUCUACAAUUUUGUUUCUGGUGUCCUUUGACAGCUCUUUGGUCUUGGCCAUAGUGGAGUUUGGAGUGUGACUGUUUGAGGUUGUGGACAGGUGUCUUUUAUACUGAUAACAAGUUCAAACAGGUGCCAUUAAUACAGGUAACGAGUGGAGGACAGAGGAGCCUCUUAAAGAAGAAGUUACAGGUCUGUGAGAGCCAGAAAUCUUGCUUGUUUGUAGGUGACCAAAUACUUAUUUUCCACCAUAAUUUGCAAAUUAAUUAAUUAAAAAUCCUACAAUGUGAUUUUCUGGAGAAAAAAAAUCUCAAUUUGUCUGUCAUAGUUGACGUGUAGUUGCAUUUCAAGGUCCUGGAGUGGCCUAGCCAGUCUCCAGAUCUCAACCCCAUAGAAAAUCUUUGGAGGGAGUUGAAAGUCCGUGUUGCCCAGCGACAGCCCCAAAUCAUCACAUCAUUUUUUUUCUAAUUUUGUCUGUCAUAGUUGAUGUGUACCUAUGAUGAAAAUUACAGGCCUCUCUCAUCUUUUUAAGUGGGAGAACUUGCACAAUUGGUGGCGGACUAAAUACUUUUUUUCCCCCACUGUAGAUCAGGGGUGGGCAACUCUCCUGGAGAGCAAGCAGGAUUUUCUUCCAGCCCUAUUUUAAAGAGUUCACCCAAAUGACAAAAUAUUUCCAUUUCUAUCUUAAAAGCAGUCUAUGGACAAGGAGACUACAAUCUAUGAUUUGGCUACGCACUGCCAUCAACCAUCAAUAUUUACUGUGUAGAGAGCCUUGGUGUAGUGGUAACACUCCCCGCCACAUGUCGCACACAACUUUUCACCUGUUUCUAGCAUUUGCCUGUCUCCCUAUCUUAUUUAAUUACUGUCUGAAUAAAGUGUCAAACCACCAAAAAAAUAUGUUAAAAAAAUAUUAGCAUACUUUCAAUUUCAUUCCUUCAAAAUCUCAAAGUAACAAAGUCGUCCAAUUUUGAGUAUUCAUUUGAUGUUCAAGGCAUCCUGAAUAUACCGGACCUGUGGUUUUUAUUUUUAAAUGUUCCACCCUGGUCAUAGGCCUAAGCCAUUUCAGAAUGAAUAGAAUUGCAGGAAAUUUGCUUUAAAACAGUAAAGAAAAUCCCCAUCCAGGGGUUGUGCCACGGGGCAAUGAAAUUCACAUGGCAAAUCUCACUCCAAGCUUUCUUCAAAAGCUGGCAGCCCUGAUGUAUUGUUUUCUCUUUAUUCAACCUGCCCGCCACCCACCAGCCCUCCAUCCACACAAUAUUUCAUGACUCUAAACCCACCCGCCGCGCCGCUAAUCAGCGGGCCUACAGAAGGGCGGCCGCCAGUUGCCCAUCCCUGUGCUACAGAAUCACACAGUUUCACAGAUACUGUACAUUAUCAGUGUGCCCUCGGCUCAGUCUGGGGUCAAACUUUAACCAUAACAUUCAAUGCUGGCAGGCAUUUGAUACUGGCAGUUAAACAGGUCAAAGGUAGGAACAUCCAUACUUAGUUACAGAUAAUUAUAGACUAACAAGUGAAAACUACUUAAUUAAAUAUGGUACUUAAACAUACACUACCAGUCAAAGUUUGGACACACCUACUCAUUCAAGGGUUUUUAUUUUAUUUUUACUAUUUUCUACAUUGUAGAAUAAUAGUGAAGACAUCAAAACUAUGAAAUAACACACAUCGAAUCAUGUAGUAACCAAAAAAGUGUUAAACAAAUCCAAAUAUAUUUUGUAUUUGAGAUUCUUGAAAUAGCCACCCUUUGCCUUGAUGACAGCUUUGCACACUCUUGGCAUUCUCUCAACCAGCUUCAUGAGGUAGUCACCUGGAAUGCAUUUAAAUUAACAGGUGGGCCUUCUUAAAAGUUAAUUUGUGGAAUUUCUUUCCUUCUUAAUGCGUUUGAGCAAAUCAGUUGUGUUGUGACAAGGUAGGGGGGUAUACAGAAGAUAGCCCUAUUUGGUAAAAGACCAAAUCCAUAUUAUGGCAAGAACUGCUCAAAUAAGUAAAGAGAAACGUAAUUCUAUCAUUACUUUAAGACGUGAAGGUCAGUCAAUAUGGAACAUUUCAAGAAUUUCGAAGGUUUCUUCGAGUGCAGUCGCAAAAACCAUCAAGCGCUAUGAUGAAACUGGCUCUCACGAGGACCGCCACAGGAAUGGAAGACCCAGAGUUACCUCUGCUGCAGAGGAUAAGUUCGUUAGAGUUACCAGCCUCAGAAAUUGUAGCCCAAAUAAAUGCUUCACAGAGUUCAAGGAACAGACACAUCUCAACAUCAACUGUUCAGAGGAGACUGCGUGAAUCAGGCCUUCAUGGUCGAAUUGCUGCAAAGAAACGACUACUAAAGGACACCAAUAAGAAGAAGAGACCUGCUUGGGCCAAGAAACACAAGCAAUGGACAUUAGACUGGUGGAGAUUUGUCCUUUGGUCUGGAGACCAAAUUUGUGAUUUUUGGUUCAAACAGCCGUGUCUUUGUGAGACGCGGUGUGGGUGAACGGAUGAUCUCCACAUGUGUAGUUCCCACCGUAAAGCAUGAGGUGUUAUGGUGUGGGGGUGCUUUGCUGGUGACACUAUCUGUGAUUUAUUUAGAAUUCAAGGCACACUUAACCAGCAUGGCUACCACAGCAUUCUGCAGCGCUACGCCAUCCCAUCUGGUUUGGGCUUAGUGGGACUAUCAUUUGUUUUUCAACAGGACAAUGACCCAACACACCUCCAGGCUGUGUAAGGGCUAUUUUACCAAGAAGGAGAGUGAUGGAGUGCUGCAUCAGAUGACAUGGCCUCCACAAUCCCCCGACCUCAACCCAAUUGAGAUGGGUUGGGAUGAGUCGGACGGCAGAGUGAAGGAAAAGCAGCCAACAAGUGCUCAGCGUAUGUGGUAACUCCUUCAAGACUGUUGGAAAAUAAAAUGUAGGAAAGGGGUUGAUUUGAUGAAAAUUCAUCAUAUUGUUUACUAUCUCCUGUUACACAUGAUACCAUUCUGUCCUGUAGAUUUAAAAAAUGAAUCUAUGACUUCAUGGACAUAUGUGUUCUCUUAAGCAGUUGUGGUUAUCUAACAAGACCCCUAUGGCUGGAAGAACGCAGUGAGCUGGGUUAGAGGCAAAGUCUAACCUGGUGUGAUCUCCAGGUUAUGAAAGCAGAAAACUAGGGCUGAGUUCAAAUGUGACCAAUGACACCAAACGUAUUAACAGUAUUUGUCCUGGGAGUACGGUAACCAGGCAGUAGCUGAUAUCUGGUAUCAAUGAAACUAAUUUGUUCUGCACUUACCUGUUGUGGAUACAGCUACCAAUGAUAUGACUGUGCAUAGCAUUCAUAGUGUAUAGAGUUCAGAUAGCCAAACCUUGACUUUUUUUGAAGUUAAACAUUAAUUCGGAGAUAAAGACAUGUCACAUGUUCAGCAUGUCUGGAUAACAACCAGCUGUGCUGCUCACUCAGUUUGGUUUAAUUGUUUAGGUUCUAUUGAUAGUAAUGGUAAUCAAUAAUGGAUUUCUGCAGUUUCUUUAUGCGGUUCUGAUUCAUUCAAUGUUGAAAUGUGCACUAUAAAAUACCCUUUUCCCCUUUAGAUAUGUUUUAGGAGUUUGUGGCACUCCUGUUCAUUGGUGUGUAAGAACCAUAUCUCUAUUGCUUCUGUUUUACUCAACUGUCUCUUUCUAUUCCCCUGUCUCUUUCAGCAAUGCUGCUGUGAAUCACAUUCUAGCGUCCAUCUAAUUUAUUGAUUACAAUUACCUCUGUGUGCUAACUGUGCUCCAUUAUGGCUCAGGUGGACCAGGCUGCUGCAGGCCUUCUGGCACUGGGACUGAAGAGGGGGGACAGACUGGGCAUGUGGGGACCCAACACAUAUGAGUGGAUCCUGUUCCAGUUUGCCUCAGCCAAGGCUGGCAUCAUACUGGUGAGCACUGACACUGGUGGCAUGGAGAAGGAGGAAUCUUAAUAGGGGAAAGCAUGCUCGUUUUUGCAACCUCUUUGUGAAGUCAAGUACAUUAAAGCAGAUGUUUUCAGUGGUUAUGCUUUGUCUUCUGACAGGUGUCUGUGAACCCAGCCUAUCAGGUGCAGGAGUUGGAGUUUGCUUUGAGAAAGGUGGGUCACUUGAGUUGGCACGUCAUGUUUUGUUCUAUGAAAGCUGCACUGGGUGUGGUGCUCUUAAGUAGGGUGCAGAGAUGAUUGCUUUUUAAACUGUUUAUUUUGAUGAUAAUGGCAAUGAUGUUGAUCAAAUCAAAUCAAAUUGUAUUGGUCACAUGCGCCGAAUACAACAGGUGCAGACAUUACAGUGAAAUGCUUACUUACAGCCCUUAACCAACAGUAAGCAUUUCACUGUAAUGUCUGCACCUGUUGUAUGAUGUUAAUUGGUGGUAAUAAUGUAGUUUCCUGCUCUUGGUCCAGGUCGGAUGCAAUGCCAUUGUGUGCCCGACCCAGUUUAAGACCCAGAAGUACUGUGACAUGCUCAGGCAGAUCUGUCCAGAGAUGGACACUGCUAGCCCAGGUUCGGUCAAGAGUGCCAGGUAUGACCACACUGUUUUCAUAUACAAUCACAAAUCACACAUCAUUUCAGAUACACUGAAUGACGAUCAAAUUACAAUGGGUUGUGUUCUGGUGGGUGCAAAGCUCCACAUUUUGCAGAUAGAAAUGUAUUUUCUAGAGCUCACAUCAUUCUCUGUUCUAUUCUACAUGACUGAGAAGCAUGGUUGUCUGUUCUACAUCAUGUGUUUCUAUCUGAAUGUUUUGUUACAUUUAGUGCUGAGCUUUUUGAGGUCGGUUCGAUUUUUGGAAACAUUAAAUGCAAUAUACAUUAUGUGGGUUGAAUGCUGUAACACAGAGUAAAACAAUUAAUAAAAGUCCCAUGACGGUAGUGACUGCCCAUUACUGCUUAUCACUUGUUAACCAUAAUUUAUUCACAUUACUUUACUAAAAUAUUUCAGUUGUUGUGUAUUACAUUUUGUAUUAUUUGAAGACUUUAUUAUUACAUUCCAAGUCAUCAUCUCAUCUCAAUAGAGCUGCCUAUGCUGUCUGGCAAAUUCACUAUUUUAGUAAUUCUUCAAAGUAAAUAAGGCAUACUUUUGUGACUGCUGAAUACCAACUGUCAAUCACUUAGAUCAGGAAUGGGAAACUGGCCUUUUGAAGGCCUUCGGAUCAAUAACAAAUUAAAUACAAAUAUAUAUGUAUAUAUAUUUUUUGGGGAAACUCAGUCGUCUCAACUUACUGUUAGAAUAGUAGAAUACACAAGGUGUAAUUUCGAAAUUUGGUUGUGCAUCAGCAGUUUUUCAUCUUGUUAUGUUAGUCACUGAUAGUCAGUCAAUUAGCCCAUGUCAGCAAAACGUUUUUAGAUUGCUAAGUUUGUUUAGUGGCCAGCUAUCUAAACUUGCUAUCAUGGUUGAAUAACUGGCCGGGGGGGCCCCACAGAUUAUUUUUUUGUCAGUCUCACUCAGAUAUCAUAUAAAAACUGCAAACUAUUCUCUCCACCCUAUGGGAAAAUGUGUAAAAUUGCAGGAAAUUAGAUGUAAAACCACUCUUUUUCCUCUACGCCCAAUGGCAAGAUGAGUAAAAUUGCAUGCAAAAUAUUCUCUCUGCCCCAUGGCAAAAUGUGUAGAAUUGCAGCAAACUUGCUUUAAAACUGCAAAAAAAUUUCUACACCCAAUGUCAAAAUGUGCCAGAAAUUAACUUAAAAAUGUACAAAUAUUAUCUCCGCUGUCAAGAGUGGCGGUUGGAUAUGGGUACCCGCGAGCAACUGCGGCCCCUCAGAUGAGUUCAGAUUUGUUGUGGCCCCCACCCCAUCAAAGUUACCCAUCCCUGACUUAGAGCUUGUAUUUUCCAGUAGAGAUGCCUCUAGAUCACGCAUUCUUCUGUCUCUUUUACGUAGCAGGUGUAAAAGAAACACAGACCGAAGAAGUAAGCGCGCAAUGGAUUAUGGUCAUUAUAGUUAAUUGCCACAUUUUCUGCGCUCAACUAUGUAGAAUAUUGGCCUGUUGGAAACUACAACUUCCUACUACAUUGCACAGUUUGGGCUUGAUAUGAUUUACCUCUACAGAAACUGUGUAAUGUGCUUAUUGAACUCACAGAAAGAAAUAAGAACCGACGUCAGUCAAUUAGUUGUUUAAAAUCCGAAAAAUAACAGAAAUGUCGGUUAAUUGCUCAGCGCUAGUUACAUUGCACCUCACUGAGCGUGACCCCUUCUCCUCAGAGCUCACACAAUUCUCUGUUCUAUUCUACAUGACCGAGAAGCAUGGUUGUCUGUUCUACAUAAUGUAUUUCUAUCUGAAUGUUUUGUUACGUUGCACCCCACUGAGCGUGACACCUCCUCCUCAGACUCCCAGACCUCCACACAGUGAUCGUGACAGACAGCCGGCAGCCGGGGAUGUACCACCUUGAGGAUGUGAUGCAGGCAGGGAGCAGCCAGCAAAUGCAGCAGCUGGAGGAGCUGCAGAAGAAACUGUCCUUCGACGACCCCAUCAAUAUUCAGUUCACAUCGGUACUUUUAGUAAACUGUAUAUCACUCUCUAUUCUUCCUAUUUGA